CAAAUUAAUAAAUGUAUGCAACUUGUCUUCUCAUUCGCAGUGACUAAAUACUUUAAAAUGCCAAAUCUCUAUGACUUUGAUGACUUCGAUCGUUGUUUACAAGAAUUCAAACGUUCGGAGACAUAUUGCUUUGUACGCGCUGAGGUGUUGCCGCAAGCAAACUCGGAGGCUUGGCAAGCCAUUGCUGAGAUAUCGAAAUACAAUAAACAUCAUUUCGAUCAUAGACAUUUGUAUUAUGGACUAUGUUUGCGCUGGUGUAAAGAGGAUUUGGCUGCUGCUGAUCCAGAUGGGGUCAAAGAACUCUAUGCUGGAUUACUAACGAACAACACAAAGCUCAACACAUACGUUGGUCUCUUUACCGUCGAGGAGACGAAUCGCGAGCAAUACAAUACUAUAAUGAAUCAAUGUAUAAAUUUAAGAUUGACACAAACACAUGGAUUGAGGGCUGUUAGCAUGAUUGAAUAUUGUGAAACAAAUCACAAAGUUAUUGAAAUGGAUACAUGGAACCUCACCUUCUACGCCAUCACUUUUGUGCUGAUUUUACUAGUAGCUGGCAGCAGUUUAUUUGAUUUUUAUCUCAAACAUAGGCCUAGCGAUAAAGAGAUUUCAAGGGAGGAUCAUUACAAAAGCGCCGUCAAGGGUAUAAUCAAUCGUCUCUGUGCAAGUUUCUCAGUGGUGCGCAAUUGGUAUCGUCUAAAUCAGGAACCAGUCGGCAAAUUGGGACGCGAUCUACGUUUUCUUGAUUGCUUCAAAUUUUUCUGUAUGUUCUUGGUGGUGUUUGCACACACCAACUGGAUACUCUAUGAGGGCGCCUUGAGUAAUCCACAGGAUAAUGAGCGUUUGUUGCAUACCGUUGCGGGUACAUUACUAAUUUCGGGUGGUUUGAUUACAAUUACUUUCUUUGUAUUUAGCGGCUUGUUGUUGACUAUCAAUUGGCUGGCAUUGACUAAGAUUAAGAAUGAAUUGAGUACUAAAGAAUAUGUAGAGGUGUAUAUUAAAUUUAAUAUAUUCCGUUACUUGCGUUUAACCAUUCCAUAUGCUUUUGUUAUCCUAUUGAGUGGCGUAUAUUUUGAUAAUCACGGCGGGCCACUUUGGCGACAUAUUGUUGAACGUGAGCAGCUCGCUUGUCGCAAGAAUUGGUGGGCUAAUUUGCUUUAUAUCAAUAACUAUUACAGGAACAAUGAGAAGGUAAAUUAAGUGCUGCUGCUUAAGGAUUUAUUUUUACAAGUAUUCAAUUUAGCUUGGCUCAAUGAUGUGGUAACUUACGUUGUGAUAACUUUUAUUGUGUUAUUUG